AUGGAUGUGAGCUUCACGAACGUAUUAGAGGGGGCUCGCCAGUACUUCCAGGGACUGCCCGUACCGAGUACAGGUGGUGCGACCGCGACAGCGGAUCACAACCUCGCGACGUCAACAAGUUCCGCCUCGCCCACGUCAUCGUCGCACGAGCAUGGCGCCGCCUCGUCCGUGGCUUCGCCGUCACCGGCACCGCCCGCGCCGCCGGCACCACCGCCACUAUCGUUACCGUCGCAAUCGACUUCGAACAGCAUCGGCGGCGGCGGCACCGGAAGCACCGGCGACCAGGAAUCGAGUCGAUACCUCAACGACGUCCGACCGCCUUCGGUGGACAAUGCCGCGACCAGUUCCAGCAGCUUCUGGAGCCCAUCCGUCGAGCCGUACCCUCCCCAACCGACCAGGGUCGAAGUCCCGGACACGAGGCCAGGCGACGAGGGCUCCUCCAUGGAUGCGAGUUCGUCGUCUUCGAGCAUCAUCACGCUAACGGAGAUGCAACCGAGCAGUAGGUCCUCGUCCGCGUCGAACUUCUCUCAGAAACAGUCAAACACGACGUCGUCGUUACCCAACGAUCUUCAUCGGACGAACACGAGUUCGCCGCAUUUGCAUCAGUUGCAACCGCCCCAGCAAGCACGUUCGCCAGGCCCUGUGUACCAGCAAUUAAACCCCGUAACGAGAACGUCGUUUUCCACCGCGGAAAUCCUCGCUUCGACGCACCAGUCGACUUACCAAACUGCCAACGACCGGCAGCCACAACCGAGCGCACCGGUCGUAGCACAGAGGACCCAAUAUUACCCGAGGUACCAUCAUCCGGAUAUCACCAAGAGCGCACCGGUACCUUUUAGCCAGAACUCGAUCUACCAGUCGUCGAACGUUACGGCGGCAACGUCUUUGAGCAACGUGCAGUCGGUGACAAGGCCCACGCCGAUCGAGCAGAGUAACGCGAACAGUUCGUCCGGUUCGAGUCAAGGACACACUCCAGAGCAAAGAGUGCCACCGAGUUCCUAUGGUAAUAACGCGGCACCGCCGCCGCCAGUUACGAUUUACGGCACACCGUCGCCGCAGAGUUAUGCCAGCGUAGCGCCAACGCAGCAUCAGCUGCAAAAUCGAUUAGGCUCGUCGUCGAGCAAUCAGGACAGGACGUCGCAUCCGGAAAGAUCGCACAAUCCCCGCGUCGUCUCCUCGUCUCCGUCCUGCCCGUCGGUGAACCCGUGCCCCAGCCCUCGUCACAGUUCCGGCAACUUGAGUCACAUUCCUCCGUCGUCGUCCUCGUCGUCGUCGUCGACCUAUCAGAACCUUCCGGCGCACAUUCCCACGUCGCACCUGGCAUCGGCCAACGCGAUGAUACCUCCGCAGCAUCAUCACGCUCAGCAACCGCAGCAACAGUCGCCGAUGCAGCAGCAACAGCAUUCUAGUCGAAUAAACGCGUCGCAAGUACCGAGCUCGUACACGGGUCGGAUGAUGCACGGGGGAGCAUCGGCAACGUCCUCGAACGCGAAUCAGAUGCCACCACCGCCAGCGCUCACCGGUUAUCAUCCCGUCGCGUCUCCCCACGAUGUUCCUCAUCACGCCACCCCCUCGCCCCAUAGACAAUCUCCUCACGUGUCCACCCUUCACAAUCCGCAUGUGUCCUCCCCGCAUCACACACCUUCGCCACACGCCAACUUCCAGCCGCAUUCACCGACUUAUCCGCCGCCUCCUCCUCCUACCUCCACUCCUCACUCGUACAAUCUUCCGAUUACGUCGCAGCAUUAUCAACCGAGCGUCGGUGGUUACGCCGCGAACCCGUACGGACUGCCUCCACAGUCUUCGUAUCAUUCCUACCAGAAGACGCAGCAACCGUCGUACACGCAAGCGAGUUACUACCAGCAACAGCCGAAUCGAUCUCAAAGUCAGCCGUACGUCCAGCAAAUACCGAUUCCCGGAGCCCCGCAGUCGAUCUGUUCCGGGACUGGAAGUACGAAUGGUACCGUUUACCAGCAAAGCAAACCGGUCACGUACAACGGUGCCGAUUCGAAGAGGAAUUCGAUCGAAAUGCCGUAUGGCUCUUAUCGGCCACCCCAAGCUCUUCCGAGGACCGGGAGCACGCACAAUCUUCCACCGAUCGCUCCUCUGUCGUCGUACCAUUCCAACAGACGGGAGUCUGCGAGCAAAGCGCAAUCGGUGCAACGGCAAAGAUAUUCCGCUAACGCGGCGAACAAAGUUCCGGCCACUGCGCCGCCUGUCGCUCCAAUGGCUGCGCCGCAAAGAGUUCCCGAAUACCCAGUUCUGCCGAUUGUGAAUCAUGCUACUCCAGUCAACGGAAGAACGACCGCUGUGACGAAUUCCUCGUACAGCAGGUACACUGCUCAGCACGGAUACCCGACCUACGCGACAACCAUGGCGCCUAGUCACCAGGGAACUAACUCUUCGAGCAGUACCACUGUCACGUCUAUCAGCGUAACACCCUCGAGACCGUCCGCCACUACGAUACACGAUUACCAGGCGUCGGAGGCGAACCGUACCGGGUCCUCUUAUCACCAUCAACCUGUCAGAUCUACGGAGGACUACGGUUACAAAGAGUAUCCGUAUCAGACGUCGACUGCGCCCACGAUUCAGUCCACGGCUUCCUCCCUGGUGACGACCCCAUCGCCGCAAACGAACGGUGUCCGGAAAAGGGAGUCUCCAUUAGACUUGUCUGUUAAAACCGUGAAGACGUCUGCGGAUUCCACCGCGCAGGACGACAUCGAGAUCACCACGGAGAAACAUGUUAGUAGUUCGACGGUGAUCUCUUCGAGAAGUAACAGUAACCCGAGAACGAUGUUACCACCGAUGCAACCUUCCCCGCAGCCGGCGCCAUACCCGGCAUACGACAAUCGGUUGUCCAGUAACGGUAACAGGAAUUUGCCACCCGGUGGCAGUAUCCGGGCGUCGACGCCACAGACGGUGUGUGCACCGAAGGUCGACUUCCUGCCGGACUUCAAUUCCACACCACUGCGUCACCAACAGCACGAGAAUACUCUUCAGCGAAGGAGUUCGACGCAACAGCAGCAGCCGCAUCAGCAGCAGCAGCAGCAGCAGCAGUUGUACGCCCCGCCCCCGCAGUCUCCCUCCUCGCAGCAUCCUAAUAAUACCACCGCUCCACUGCCUCACAUGUCCACGUUUAAGAAGACUUCACUGCCCACCUCGCAGAUGUACGACUCGAUCACCGCGCCGGCACCGCCGCCGGCACUCUCGUCCUCGUAUCUGGCAGCAAACGACACCUCGAGAUCCGGCAGAUAUCCUCCUAUGAUGCAUCCCGGUAGGAUAGCACCGACGGUGCCGAUUCACGACUAUCCGUCUGACCCGUCCAAGUAUUACCUGGACAGCAGGAGUAAGUUCGGUCAGCCAGCGCCUCGGAGAGACCGAACGCCCACGAAGAGGCCCGGUGAAACGAUUUACGGAAUCAGUCUGCCGAAGCAACCGAGGUUGAACACGUGGAUCCGGCAGAAAUUGUCGACGGCAAAGGCGCUGGACGAGCAACAGAAGAUGCAAGAAAGGAACUCCGCGGUUUCGGUGCCUCUACCGAACGGGAAUUUGGUCGCGCCUAACGCGUACGAACCGAGAUUGGACAGCGGGUAUCCGCCUUCGGAGUCGGCGAGAUAUCAGCCACAAGCGUACUGUGAUAAGAGGAGCUACGCGGAACCGAAGGUUACCAACAGUUCGCCCGCGUACGCUCAUUCAGGGAUAACGAAACCGGCGAACAUUCAUUCCCUGCCGCAAGCAACGAACAUCAACCAACAGUCCUACCCGAAUUACAGGCCGAGUCAGAAGCCGCCGUUGGCUUCUGGCGCGACUUCCGGUGGACAACCGCCCGUAGAGCCGCCGAUCAACACUGGUGCUGAUAAAAGAGUAGUUCUCAGUUUGUUAAGGAACAGUUUGGAGAACAAGCAACAGAGAGAGGAACAGAUGAACAGUCAGCAACCUAUUCUUGCUAAUCACAGUCAACAGAGUUUUCAGAAUAAGGUCGUUGCACCGGUCGAGCCGAAGACGAACAUCGGAAGGCACAACCUGUCACCGUUCACGGCGGCGAGUCUGCUGGAACGAAACAGCAACACGCCGCCCCAUUACAAGUUCCAUGUGCCGAGAGCGGUCGACUCGAUCACUCAGGAGGCGCCCCGUAGCUUGUACGGCUCGCGAGUAAAUUCAUCCGCCACGCUGCCCGGCAAAGAGGCGCUCCUGGGCCCCAGAGGUGCCGAGAAUCAGAUCCACCGUGACAAAGACGACGGCCUCGCCGCGAAGAUUAGAACCAAGGCGGAACUGAAACAGGUGGGAACCGGUCAAUUCGCAGCGAAACCAACGGUUAUACGUUCCCAAGACACGUCAACUACCCCCAAGGAAUUGGAUAGUGCUGCCUCAACAUCGACACCGCAGUCGGGUUCGUCGGCGGGCAGCAGCCCUCCGAAAUUGACGCGCGAGAAGGUGGCCUGCCUGCCGCCCCGAAGGCGUUUGUUCUCCAGAACGGAAGAGGAGAACAUGCCGGUAGCCGCGACGGUUCCGGCUCCGGCGCCAGCGCCGGCUAUCGCCUCGAGCGUACCAGCGCGAGCGAGCGGCUUCCGUAGCUCGUCCGAAACGUCGGUGUUCGACUUCAGGGAGAGCGACACCGAGGAUGAGAUGCCCGUGCUCGAACGCCAAACGCUCGAGGAGAUGAGACGGGACAGAAAACAGCUGUCGAAGGUGCAGCCGCCUGUUUCCCUGAAUGACGCGAUGUACAUGGACAUGACCUCAUCGUCGGACCUCGUCAAAAUAGAACUGAAGGAGAACGACAAGAUCCAUGAAGUGGACGCGUUCUGGUCCACCACGUGCGAUAAGUUCAUGGAACAACUGCGAACCGGAGAUGCGAUGAAGAAACGCGGUCGCAAGAAGAAAAUCAGCUGUACGAUAACGUCAAAAUUCGAGGACAACGACAGCAUCAAAGAAUUGAACGCGAACACGUCGCAGAUCAAACCCGAGGACAUAAAAAAGGAGGUUCAGGAUGAUUCGCUGUUGGAUGCCAAGGACGAUUAUCCGGAAACAAGCAAAGACGAUGAAACCUCGAUGCUAAAGGAAAUCAAGGUCGAAGUGAAGAUGGAACCAGAGAGCAAGGACGAGGAGAAAAAUUCGAGUGACGAAGAAUUACCGUUGAUUCGACGAGCAAAAAAGAAGAUGAAGAAGGACGAUAGCGAUUGUGAAGAAGAGAUAAUUUGUAGAAAGAGGAGAGUUCGAAGAGGUAGCAGAAUUAAAUUGGAAUCAUCAAGUGGUAGUGAAUCUUCUAGCGAAGAGAGCGAUAUUAGUACAGAGUUUGGCCACGGCUCUUCGGUGGCUGACAGAUUGAGGGCGCGGAAACGUUGCGGUAACAACAGCGUGGAACUCGAGCGUAUGAAAUUGAGAUCUAGGGAUACAACACCGCAAAAAUCUAAAGCGGAGAAAGAGUCAAAAUCUUCAACCUCGAAAAGUUCGAGUACGUCACAGAAGGGGAAACCGAAACCCCUUUUUGGGGACGGCAGCGAUUUCAGACCCGGCUGGGAGGAAGAAGUGUACGUGUAUAAAAAAUCUUUAAGAAUGCCACCCAGAUUAAUUACCGUAUCGAAACCGUCGAGGUUUCACAGAUUGUCUACCUCGCUGCCUGACCUAGAUCCUGGAUCUCCGGCCUUGUCUGUCUCUAUGGACAGUUCCGACGUGUGUCUAAGCAGGAAGAAACUGGAGGACAGCGACGUCGAGUCCAACUACAGUUUCACUACUACUGGAAUCGGUAUCGGAAGCAAGAUCGACGACGAAGAGGCCACUUCGUCGACAACAAUCUCGUGUCCCGUGAAGGGCAUGAAACACUCGAAGUCAGAGGGGAGCUCCAUCGUCGACGUUCUAGCUCAGAAAGUUGGAACUAAUAAAAAGGAACAAAAGAGAAAGCAGAAGGAGAAAUUGGAUAAAUCUGGAAACAAGAUACUGCAGAAAGGUAGCAACGAACCGGAACUUCUACCGACUCCUAGUUUGACGCCUCUAUUGGAGACGUCAAAAUUGCAGAAAGGCAAAUCUCCGAUAAAAGACAGCAAGACCAUAAAGCCCGUCAAGAUAGCCGAUUCGUUCCUGCUUGGUUACUUCCGCAAGGAAACAGUGAACAACUUCCGAGACACGUUUAAAAAUAAUCACGUCCUUCCGAACGAAUUUUCUACGUUCGUGCUGAAGAGUAGAACGCGAACGGAAACGCGGGUAUUAAAGAAACAAGCGACCAUCAGAGAAGUUUUCGGCGAGGACAGACCAGCUUCUGCGCCCCCAAUGCAGAACCACGACGACACCUCCCAAGAUGACGAUUCGCAGAACGAAACUCCAGAGAAUACAUUGAGCAAAGACAGGACCUUGAAACAGAAAGUAGUCUCGCGAUUGAAGAAUGCCUGCAUUUUGAGAAGUCGGAAGGCGAUCAUGAACUCGAAGCAUCAUUUGCUAUUGAAGAGACGAAAGGAUCUGUUGAAAUCUUUAGCCGAGAAGAAGCUGCAGCGUUUGAAAACAGAAGCGGAAGAGGAACCAGUGCAGGAGGAGACGAACGACACGCAGGAAGCUGAAAACAACGAGUUGGACGAUGAGACGAAUGAGUCCGAAGUUCGUAACAAGAAGAAGCUGAAAUUGAGGACGAGCAGACGAAAAUUUCGAUCGGGAUUCGACUACAUCCGCAAGAAGAAGAAACCUCUGAAGAAAGAUGAGACGUUGCCCAAAGAAAGGAAAAGGCAUGUGCUUACGAGGCCAAAUCCAGAAUGUGUCGCUGAUAUACAAACAGAAAUCCGAACGUGGGUAAUCAAGAAAGGUGUCGGUGAAACGAUGCUGCAUCGUGCUGCCAGACUUGGUUAUACGGAUGUUACGGCAUACUGUUUGGAAAAACUGAACAACGCGCCAAGUCCGAAGGACAAUGCGGGUUAUACACCUCUUCACGAAGCCUGUUCGAAGGGCCAUCUCGAAAUCGCGAAAUUGUUGCUUGCCUAUGGUGCGAACGUCAGCGAAAGUGCCAACGGAGGAAUAAGGCCACUUCACGAAGCGGCGGAAAAUGGUGCUACCGAGCUCGUAAGAUUGCUACUAUCUUACGGUGCUGAUCCUUUAUUGGCCACUUACUCCGGUCAAACCCCGUUGAUGUUAGCCGCGGACACUGAUGCCUAUUCGAUACUAGAACAACAUUUAGACGAUAUCCAAGGUCGCGCAAGCACGCCGUGGUCUUUCGGCGGACCGGCUUCAAUUUUCGACCCGGAAGAGACUGGUUAUAAUCCUAUGGAAAAUCCUCCGAUGGACAGUCCGGAACCCGAAUUGGACGAGAUCGAUAUGGACGAGUGCGAUGUGAAUCUUCCGGUUCUCUUCACGUUGAUCAAUGACUCGGAUAAAUGGGUGCUGCUGCAAGAUCUAAUGACCGCCCUCCGGAUAAAAAGCAAGGAAGCAUUGCUGCGUCAGGUGAAUCCUAAGGCUCACUCCGGGCCGCCCGCGAUUGCUCAUCGCGACGUGAUGAGAGAACUUAAGCUUCAAGACUUCCUGGAACAAUCCCGUUGCUGUCAUCUUCUCAGUGGCGGGGAACGAAUCAACAUGCGGGGGUCGAAAGUGACCCUGAUCAAAUACAACGAUAAGGUGAGGUCUCUGCUGAACGUGGAGAAGGUAGUGAUCAGCCUGAGGUGACAGGAGGGCCAGCUGGGGCGGUCAUCGCCCCAGGCAAGGCCGUCGACUUCCGCCUCGCGAGAGACCGGGAAGAAAAGCUCGAGCGUUUCGCCUAAACGUGAGAGGCAGGCCAGGACGCGACAGGGAAACAAGACAGCCGCCACGGAUUGAACGUGAUUCGCGCGAGGUCUUUUGUCGUGAAACGUUUUCGCUUCGCACGUGAUGUCGUGCGCGAUUUGUCGUACGGGAAUGGGUUUCCUCAGCUUCAUCAUCCCGUUCGAACCGGAAGCGGGAUCGAACGUAGGCAUGACAGGUACGUCGAAUUUUAGAGAUUAGGAGCGUUUGGUCGGGGACGAUCGUUCAACGACGCUGCUCUCUGACGCGUUCUAUUAGCAGUAUUUAUUGGCGGAUGUUCCAAAUGGGGCGUAUGGUGAUAUUUUAUCGACGCGAGCCGGGUGACGAUCGGAUUUUACGAUGCUUCAGAGUGAUCGUCUUUUAUGAUACUCCUAUUUAAAAAUGUUCCGCAUCGACUAAAAACCUCGCGGAAAACUAAAUUCUUUCGAUGACAUCAAUUCCAGUUGGGUGAUUUUUUUAUUGAUAAAGGUGAAGCUACAUUUGAGCACAAGACUGUCGAGAAAUUUUAACGCUUAUGGAUUCGUGACAUGUUUCUUUCCCGAGAGAGAAGAGUAAAGAUAUACUCUAGAUAGAUAUACUCUUCAUUUUCAUUUCAUAUACUUAAAAAUUGUUAGCAAUAUUUAUCGCAUGCACCAUCUAUUGUCAACAAGGAAGUUAGAAUAAUCGAAUUCUUACUUUCGAAUCAUGUAGAUUUUUUAAAUCGCCAAAUGUAACUCCAUCUUCCACUGGAACGCGAUUUCUCGCCGCGUGUUUCGAUUAUUCAUUUUAGAGAGAUAUAUAUUUGGAUAUCAUCCAAUUUGAUUAUGGGCUUUACACGUUACCACGUUGUUAAUUUCGUUUAAUUCUUUCUCUUAUUAUAGUGCUACGGAAUCGAUUCUAGUAUAAUUUGUUUACACGUUGACCGUAUAGAUUUAAGCAAGCGUUGGAUCAGUCAUUGCGACAACAAUGCAUUUAAGUUUUCUGUUACGUUUUUAUUUCUUUCUUUCAUUGGGAUGUGCAAUUUCUGCUUGUUGUUAAGCGAUCACCGAAUGUCGAAUGAAAUCUAUUAACAGAUUUAGAUCUCGGAUCGAUCAUGUAAUAUUCAGCGUGCAAUAAUUCAACUUGCGAUAUUGGACAAAGCAAUUAACGCGUUCACUGUUGUCUAGAUCUGUUCGUUCUCCUUAGAUUUCUAUGUUAAUGAAUUGUUCAAAUUUCUUUUCUUAUAGCGUUUAAUUUAUUGAACCGGCAAACCAUUUGUUACGAUAAAUGUAUGAGUCCUUAUCGUGUCCAGCAGUGAACGUGUUCAAAAAUCGUUGAUCCAUCCAAUUUUGCGAUGUAUGUUGUUUUGCGUGCGGAGAUGGAAUAGAUUUACGUACUUACACGUUUUGUAACGUCAGAACGGAGGGUCGAACAAUAAAAAUAACGGAGAGCAAACUCCUGAUUAUUUAAUUAGCAAAAGUAACGGUGUUCGCUCGCGCAUUUUAUUUGCCUCCGUAAUACAGAGAAUAAUUAUGAAUCGUUCUGAUCAGUCUCAGGGAAAUAUAUAUUCGUAUUCGCGAUGUCGUCCUAUGCGUUGUAUCGAUUUAAAAACGGGGAACGCGAGCUAGGCGGCCAGUCUCUCGUUAGAAAUUCGAUUAACUUGUACAGUCACACGCGAAGAGCACGGGUCUCGUUUCGUUCGGCGAACCGUUUUCCAGUCGCUGGUCGUUUCGCGUUCCCCGUUCGCGCUUUAAUUUUAUUUAGCUGACGAACUUUACCAAACGAACUCUGACGAACGCAGCACACAGUGGUCCCGGAUGCAGUUUACACGUGUACAUACCUAUUUUCGAAUAAAGGAAAAAGAAACACUUGUUUGGCGUCACCGAUCGCGUCCCGUACAUUUUUUUGCGGCUCCACGAACAAUCUUUCGAACGAGAUUGCGAGAGGGAAACGCGGGUGGAGAACAAGUAAAUUAAAAUUAAGAUAAAAUGUAAUGAAGAAGAGAGAUGGGGGGUGAAAAGGUGAUGGAGAACGUAACUGUGGGUGUAAUAAUGUACCUUUUAAAUGUAAAGUAGAAUUAUCGAAGAUAAUUAUUGUAAGUGUAAGUAGCCAGGAAGAACACAUGACACUUGUUCAUAUUACUGUAAUAGACGCGUACACAGACACACGCUCGCGCACGUGUAGAUAUAAAAAGGUGUAAGAAGUAAAAAAGAGAAUGUCGAUGACGAAUAAGAAAAAGCGUUUUAGUGUUAAGGAUCGUAGUAAUUUCAGCGAGUAAAUCCGAGACGAAUACACGCGCUGUAUUCUGUUCAAGGUGUUACGUACGUUGUAUAUAUAUAUGUACACACGCAUAUGCGACGAGCGCGCGCACACACACAUACACACACACACACACACACACACACACCAUUACUUUCUCGCAAUAUAAUAGGAGCUAUCGCAGUUAUUACCGCUAACUAAUUAUUAUUACUAUUACUAUUACUACUACCGGUCACCGAUUACUACUACGAUUACCGCUAUUACUAUUACUAUUUGCCACUACCACUACCGUUACUGUCACAACCAACUACUGUUUACACACUACUGUCACGACUAUCCGCUUUUUUUAUUGUACGAUAUAUACAUAAUAGCGAACUA